AUGUCUGAGGCUCCCGUAGCUGCUGAAGGAGGGGGUGAACCAGCAGCAGCCCCCGCCGCUAGGACAGGAUGGGGUACAUUCAGAUCCGUUCUACUUCAACUAGCCAUCUUCUACUUCAUCAGUAGUUACUUCAGAGGAGGCAAGCAAACUGCUGCUCCACCCACUAACCCUGAUGGUACCCCAUCCCUUGUCGGACGAAACCUUUUCUUCAAAGACGAGAAACUGAAUAUGUACGUGUUCUUGACUGAGGAAGAGGACUUUGACUUCAACGAGGACAUGAGCAAGAUGGUAUGGAACGAGGACAUUGAGUAUGGGAACUGGUACGAUGGACCUAACAGUGAUGGAACCUGGACCAGAGAAGUGACGGUCCCAGUUCCAGACGGUGUGCAGCAGAAUGGAACCUGGAUUAUUCAUGUAUUUAUAGCCAAGGAUGGAUACCCCCUAAACCCCAGUGAUAGCGGAUACAAAGAAACCACUAUUACCUACCAAUCUAAAUUAUUCAAUAGAUAUCGUAAGAGACGAGUCCACAACACAGCCAAUCUACUCACGGGGCAAUCUGACGUUGCCCCCGGCUCGUUGAAAGUGGAGCAAGGGAAGACAAACGCAGUGCCUGAGAUCAUCUCCUACUGCCACCCUAACCUCACCAUCAACCUUGUGGAUGACUACACAGUGUGGACCAGGGGCAGCGUACCUCAGCCUGUCAACAAGUAUGUUGAGUUUGACGAUGAGACAGGUGGCUAUUAUCCCGUUCUGUACAUCAACGAGUACUGGAACCUGGCGCAGGACUACAUGCCUCUCAAUGACACCGUCACAGAGUUGAAUCUGACGUUGACGUACGAACCCCUCUCCCUGUUCCGGUUCAACAUGUAUGCCUCAAUGACUCGAGAUAACCCGUGGGCGUCCAUGAUGGGCGGAGUUAACGACCAGUCAGACGAGGACCAAGACACUAUUAAGACAACCCUCCUAGACACCAACCCUUACCUGCUGGGACUAACGGUGGCUGUGAGCAUACUACACUCUGUGUUCGACUUUCUAGCAUUCAAAAAUGAUGUUCAGUUCUGGCGUAACCGCAAGUCACUGGAGGGUCUCUCUGUUCGCUCCGUGUUCUUCAACGUCUUCCAAUCGUUUGUUGUCCUCCUCUACAUCCUUGACAACGAGACCAACUUUGUUAUCAUCGUCUCUGUGUUCAUUGGUUUGCUGAUUGAGCUGUGGAAGAUCACCAAAGUGGUGGACAUACGUGUGGACUGGAGCAGCCGAGUGUUGGGACUACUGCCCAGAGUGAGGUUUGUGGACAGAGAGUCUUACACGGAGUCAUCCACCAAGAAAUAUGACAUGCUGGCGUUCAAGUAUCUGGGGGUGGUGUUGUUCCCACUGUUCCUCUGUUACGCCGUCUACUCCCUCCUCUAUAACGAGCACAAGGGAUGGUACUCAUUCAUACUCAACUUGGCCUACGGGUUCCUGCUAACCUUCGGAUUCAUUGCUAUGACUCCCCAACUGUUCAUCAACUACAAGCUCAAGUCAGUGGCCCACCUCCCCUGGAGGAUGCUCACCUACAAGGCACUCAACACCUUCAUCGAUGACCUCUUUGCCUUCGUCAUCAAGAUGCCCACUCUAUACAGACUGGGAGUGUUCCGAGACGAUAUUGUGUUCUUCAUUUUUCUCUAUCAACGCUGGAUCUACCGAGUGGACCCAAAACGUGUUAAUGAGUUUGGAACGACAGGAGAGGGCUCUGAGAGGGUAGCUGAGCCUCUGGGGGGCAGUGAGGGAGAUGAAGAUAGUGACCCUCCGAUUACAGAAACUGGUGAAGAACCUGUAAAAAAUGAACAGAAUAAGAAAGAUGAUUAGCAAUGUGUUCAUUUGUACCAAAUCAAUUGUUGCAGGUUUUGUAAAAUAUUGAAAGCUCAAUUGUAUUAAUACACUGACCUAUUAUUGUCGUCUCCACUUGGCGAUGACAUCUUCAAACUUCAAA